CAACAAUAACAACAGCUGCACUUAUCACAUUGAGGACUUAACAGAGACACAUGACGUGAAGAUGACUUCGGAAAGCUGUGUUCCAGCACCUUGUUUCUGCGAAGCUGUUGCACUUGUUUUAAUGGCUGAUCGGCUCUCACACUGUUGUGCAGCUUUAUUUUAAGGCGCGGGGUUGUUUUGCGCGUCAACAAUAAAGAGCAUGCUGCUGGAGCGACGGUGAGCGCGUUAAAUGAGCGCCUUUCACUCAUUGGGAUUUUUAUAUUUAGCUCUGUGAGGGACGCGCGGCGGAAAGAGGAGACCUCGAUCCCGGUGUUGUCUGACAUUCUGAUCCCUUUGAGACCGUUUGGAGCCCCCCAAAACUUGUCGUUCAUAUCGCGGUGCGCGUUAUCAGGCUAUGUGGUGGUGAGGGUGUCGUGUGUGUGUGUGAGCCGGAAUAGCGCAAAAUUAUCUACAGCUCCGGGUGGAAAAGAUGAUGAUGGCUGGUGGUGGCGGAGCAGCCGUGGACCAUAACGGGAUAUAUUCAAAUCCUAACCUCCACAGCCUGCAACAGCCCCAUUUGGAGGCUGAUAACCCGGACUCCCGCAAACGACCGCUGGAAACUCCGGCGGAGGAGGCCGGCUGUACCAAGCGCACCAACACUGGAGAGGAGGGUGAGUACUUCCUGAAGGUGCUGAUCCCCAGCUAUGCAGCCGGCUCUAUAAUUGGCAAGGGCGGCCAGACCAUCGUACAACUGCAGAAGGAGACGGGUGCCACCAUUAAGCUGUCCAAAUCCAAAGACUUCUACCCAGGAACAACAGAACGUGUCUGUCUGAUACAGGGUACAGUCGAAGCCCUCAAUGGUGUCCACAACUUCAUAGCGGAGAAAGUCCGCGAGAUGCCCCAGAGCGCCCAGAAACCCGAACCAGUCAGCAUAUUGCAGCCACAGACCACUGUCAACCCCGACCGUGUCAAACAGGCCAAAUUGAUCGUGCCCAAUAGCACAGCUGGGCUGAUUAUUGGCAAGGGCGGAGCCACAGUGAAAGCCGUAAUGGAGCAGUCAGGGGCUUGGGUGCAGCUCUCCCAGAAGCCAGAGGGCAUCAACCUGCAGGAGCGGGUAGUUACCAUCAGUGGGGAGCCUGAACAGAACCGUAAGGCUGUGGAGAUCAUAGUACAGAAGAUCCAGGAGGACCCUCAGAGCAGCAGCUGCCUCAACAUCAGCUAUUCCAACGUCUCGGGGCCAGUGGCCAACUCCAACCCCACUGGCUCCCCCUACGCUAAUACAGCCGAGGUGCUGCCCAAUGCAGCCGCAGCAGCUGCCACUGCCUCCAGCCUUCUAGGCCAGGCUGGCUUGACAGGAAUGGGCGCCUUCCCUGCCGCCAUGUCCAGUUUCUCUGGCAAUGAUCUACUGGCCAUCACCUCAGCCCUCAACACGCUUGCUAGCUAUGGCUACAACACUAACACCCUAGGUCUGGGCCUCAACCCUGCAGCUGCUUCUGGGGUCCUUGCUGCUGUAGCAGCUAGUGCUAACCCAGCUGCUGCUGCUGCAGCUAACCUACUGGCCUCCUAUGCUAGUGAUGCCUCCGGCAGUGCUGGCCACCCUGCUACAGGCCUUGGGGGGUUCUCGCUGGGUUCUCUAGCUGCUGCUACAGGGGCUUCCAAUGGUUACCUAAAUGCUUCAUCCCCUCUGAUGGCCUCUUCCCUAUUGGCGACAGAGAAGCUUGCAGAUGGGGCCAAGGACGUUGUUGAGAUUGCUGUGCCCGAGAAUCUGGUUGGUGCCAUAUUGGGGAAAGGAGGGAAAACGCUGGUAGAGUACCAGGAGCUAACAGGAGCCCGCAUCCAGAUCUCCAAAAAGGGAGAGUUCAUUCCUGGUACUCGGAACCGUAAAGUUACCAUAACAGGGUCGCCAGCCGCUACGCAAGCAGCACAGUAUCUGAUCAGCCAGCGGAUCACUUACGAGCAGGGCGUGCGUGCUACCAACCCACAAAAGGUGGGCUAAAAGGAAAAAGAAGAGGAAAGAAGGAAAGGAUGAAGACAGAGAUAGAAGGGAAUUGUGAGGGUCACGAUGAAUAGAAAAAAAGAAACGUCCAAAUAUCUGUUCAAUAUUUCAGUAUCAAAUGAAAGAAUCACAAAGGAGGAGGUGGGGGAGACAACCAAGAUAAGUGUGUGUGAUAUGUGAAUGUGUUUUUAGGGCUGACGUCCUGAUGUUUUUUAAAAGUUUGUGUCGAGUCCUUUUGACGAUGGUGAUCAGAGUAAGCUGAACUGGUCCACUGCCAAGCUGCAGAUUCAAGGGUGAGGCCACAGGGUUUCACCCUCCUCCAAAACCUCAUAGCUGUUUUCCUUUUUUUCUGUUGGGUUUUGUUGGUUUUAAUUUCAGUUGCAAACCUCAGCUCCCGGUGAGUUGAGUGUGUCAGAUGAAGUUCCAGCCAGCUGAUAGAGCUGUUUUACAAACCUUGCUCUUUGUAUAUAAUGCAGAAGGCAUUGUUAACAGGGGAGAGGUUUUAUGACAAGCACCUGGUCAUCUCAGUCUAUGGGGAAGCAAUCUGAGUAUAAUUUCUUUAAGGAAAUCAUAUCUAUGUUGAUAUAUGUUGAAUUCUGGCUCAUAUCAUAAUUGAAGUUUCUAAAUUUGGGUAUUUUAUCUUUUCAUCCUUUAUUUAUUGACAUGGUCUCAUUUAAACACAAAUAGAUUAUUUAAACCUGUGAAUGCAGGUUGAUCUGAAUGUAAAAACAAUAUUAGCCUAUUGCUAUUUUUUAUUUACAGGGAUCAAAUAUUGUGUUGCAGUGAAAGAAAUGUAUAACUCAAGCCCAGUCUGAACUUCACUGUUGCUGUCUGCAAGUAUAGUUCAGGGGUUAAAUAAUCAAUGUGAGAGGAUAGAGGAGACACACAGGAAUGUAUGAAUAUAUUUUACAUGAACACACAUAUAAUGCUCCCACAAACACUGAAAUAUAUUUGCAUAUUCAGUCACAGCUACAAACACAGAAAUAUGUCGUUUAACCCUUUCUUGGUGCUAUAGGACUAGGUUUAUACUGUAUCUUUACCAUGAAAUCAGAAUCUCUCUGGCGACUGUUGUCUUGAUCUAAAAAAAGCUGAUAUGUCGUCCAGCCAUUAGUAGCCCAUUGGAUCUGCCCCAGCCUCUCACCUAAUGAAAAAGGAUUGAUUUCAGCCUUUCAUGAUGGAAAACAAUCCAGUCUUAAUAUUCCAAGUCCAUCCUCGCUCCCAAAGCUGGUCUUUUGUUUUUUUUGUUUGUUUGUUUGUUUUUUACUAAAAAUUGGCCAUACUCGAGAUAUUACCUGACAUUAUGUUUGCCUUAGUCACACCUUUGUAACUCCCAAGAAUUAACUUAAAGCUCAGACUACCUUAAAGCAAUGUCUAACCAGUUCAGUUGGCAAAGGGAACAAAGCACUACAAAAGCAUUUUGAUAAGAAAAGCUGUAUGAACCAAUAUCUGUGAACAAAGAAACUAUUGCCUUUACAUUAAGGGUACCAAAUAGUCAAGAGACACACACCAAUGAAAGGGAAGUAGAAUAAAAACACUUGAAAAGAAGGUUUGGACUCUCUUUUUUCUGUGAGCCAUCCUUCCCAAUUUGCAUCAAGACAAAAAACAAACGAUACUUCAGUUCAUCCAGGCAGCCUGUUAUCGUUCCCAAAACACGUUAACGCUCACUAACUGCGGGUGGAGCACAUAAUAAACAUCAUGAAACGUUUUGGCAUCAUUGUCUUUUAUGGGCAAUUGUUUGUCUAAUGCAGGGAGGCUAAUUGUCUAGAGCAUUUCCAAGCACUUGAAGAUUACCUUGGCUUCCUUCUGUGCUGCUAUCCAUGGUGUUCAUCCUGCGUACACUGGGUCUCUGAAGACUGCACUGUGAGACAUAAAGAACACAAUGUAAAGCAUGUCUGUCCCUGCUGGGAUGUGAGUAUAUUUUAAUGUGAACAUCUAUGUCACAUAAACAAGACAUACCAAUACUGACAAAAGGGAUAUAUCCACAAGAACAUUUAUACUCCAGCGUCUUGUGAUGUUUCUGUUUACCAGUACCAUUGCACUGCACUUAAAUUAACAAGCGUUUUCUGAUUAGCCAACCACAAAUUAUUCCCAUUGCACUUUCCUGCACUGUAUUCUCCAGUCCUAUUUCGUCCACGUCCCCACUCUAAAGACAUCUUUCAGUUGUCCCCAUCAACCCAAGCUCUAUGAUCAGCUUCCUGAAUACACGGCUGUGAGGGUUGGUGCUGAGUAGUGUCCAAGAAAAUCAGAACCACUCCCGUUUUUGAGGGGAAAUACAAUGAACAGCCUUUUCAUUUUCAUAAUUCAUGUUUGAAAGUAAAUGGAUAUGAAAGUGUUUUAAACAACUCUUUGUGUCUGAACAUUAUGUGUGGAAAUUGCAACAGUGAGCCUUUCUUCCUAACUGAAAUCUCUCCUUUCACUACGUGUCUGGAGGGCUUCACAGUCAUCCAUAACUACAAUCUGGCCACUAAUAAAAUCAUAACAUAAAGAUAACUUUUUACUGCCCAAGAUUUUAGCAUAUAAUAAAUAAUAAGAUACAAGCACAAAACAAGGGGAUGUUUUAUCAAUGCAACUGGACUGCUUGACUGCAGAGAGCUCUCUGAUCAUUACAUUGUGCCAAAUAGGCUACUAUUUCUCUCUGCCCCUCAUUAACUUUCCUCUUUCUCUCAACAUUUGAUUCCCCUGCAUGUUGCUGUUUCUCACCAUUCUGAGAUUCCUCCUGUGUCCUAAUCCCUGUAUGUGCUUCUUCCUACACUGUGCUCUCCCCCUCUUUCUCCUUCCUCCUGUCUUGUCUUCUCAUGGGUUGUGUGUUGGGUGUGCUGGUGGUGGGAGUUAUGCACUAUAGGUCAUAAGGGUAUGAAAAUAUUUUCCCAGGCCGUAGAGCUCACAAGGCUAAAAUGCACAGAAAACACCUGCCUCCAAAACUGUGACACCCACAAGACCAACCAGCAACGUUAGCUCAAAGUAUCAAAUUCCCUCUAUAAGAAGAAACAGCAGGAUUUAGAAAAGUUUCGACCGUGAACUAUGGCCUUUUAAGGGAAGAGAAAGUGUUGUUUUUUUCUUCCAAAAGAAGGCAGAUCUUGGUUGAAUAGAUAUUCAUACGUCAGCUGAACAAACUGAGCUCAAGUUUCAGCUUGUAAACAAAGUAUAGGUAGGACAGAAUGCAUAAGAUAGUGAGUAAGGUGGGAACUUGUUUGUGACCUCAAGCCGAAACAAUGACAUCCUUUAUGCAUAUCCUCUUAUCUGAAAAUGACUAGAAUUCAUUUCUGUGGAAUACAAUAUGUCAUGUCAUAUGAUCUAUAUGUACUUUAUUGUAGCUAUUCUAGUUUGUAGUCCAAAUGCAGUCCAGCGUUGUCGAUACAAUGUGAACUAUGUUAUAUUUGUGUGGAUGAUGAGAGUGCCAACUAAGCCUGAUUAAGAUUAGCUUCGCGAUUUGUUUGUGCAUUAUGAUGACUCAUCAUCAGCCGGUGGUGUCCAUAUUUCUGUCAUUGAUGAUUUAGUUUGACAGUAAGAAAAUGUAAAGAAUAUUGGAAGCAAUAUAGUAGCAUGUUGUCCUGUUUUGUGUUUUAUGUCUGUUGUAUGAACCUUUGAAAUUACUAAGAUUUUGAAUGAAUAGGUUUACAUGUACUUUUUGUAAGUUAUGAAAAUGCUGCUAUUUGAUAAGUAAACUAUACAAAAUAUUUUAGUUGAAAAGAUGUCUGGUCUGUUGAUUAGAAACAUGCUCUAAAAGGCUGGAGCAUAAAACGAGGUGUAUAGAAUACUAUACAGUAUUGGUAAGAUAGUAAAAGUAAUAAUAGACUCCAUAGUACAACCUGUGCCAAACUAGACCUCCGCAGCUUCUGAAAUUGUAGAUGUGCGAUCAAAUGUUAGAUAUCAAUAACUUGUUUAGAAGUGCUGAUCAAGUGCCAAUCAAACACUGUCUUUUAAGUUAAGAAAAGAUAAUCAAAUACAUUACUUAAGAAAACAAAGGACAAAGAACUUUUUGUGCAUUGUUUUAUCCCAUAGGUACAUAGAGUAAGAGUUAAAGAUUGUGAUUUUUAUGGAUCCAUGUUGUUUUACACUCCAUGCAUCCCUUGUGUGUUUGUUUGACCUGUGGCUUAAGUACUGCUGUCUCACAAAUGUCUCUAUAGGCCAGCAUGGACUAAGCAUAACAUGUUAUAAGCAUUCAUAACAUACCAUUAACAAUCAAAAAUGUGUUUGUGGAGUUAGGUGUUAUCUUUUUGCACGUCUUCUAUUGCAUGGUAUCAAAGUAAAUUAUGGAGGAAAAAAAAUUACAAAAAUUUGCGAGGUGUCUCGCAACAUUCAAAGACAUAACGCUGCAUGCAGUCAAAUGUAAAGCACUUAAGUUUACUCGCCUCAUGUUGAAAAAGUUGUUUUUUUAUGUUGUGAGUUAGGAGGGAGCUCAUUAUUGUCAUGUUGGCCCGAAAAAAACACACACACACACACACACACACACACACACACACACACACACACACAAACCUCAGAUCAAAUUCUCAUUAAUCAAGUUCAUGUCUCUACGCAUCAUCAUAGAAGCUAUUUUGAGUUUUAGGUACAGUGAGGAGUAUUAAAAAUGUGAAACAAGCAAACGUGAAAAUGUUAUUCAGUGCAUUGGCUCCUUGUGUUUUGCUUUGUUAGGAUAUCUGACAUGCAUUUCUUUUACAAACAGGUUGAACCUCAUAUAACCUGUCCCAUGAUGUUUUUAGAUUUAUUUUUUUUACGUCUCAGCUUGAAAGCCCAGAUCUAAUCUAUGAAUGUACCCAUUUACUCUUUUUUUAAAUUUCUGUCGAAUGUUAUCAGUCUUUAAUGUAAAUUCAGGGCAGGAAUGUCAAAUACAUGUAGAGUUAAUAUCUAUGUCAAUAACAGAUUUCAGCUAUAGUCAGGUAGGCCUCACACGGCCAUAGUCAUGAACCACAUUAUGUUUUAACACAACUUCCGAUUCGCUGUCAACAUUAUCUUGUUUGUUUGGUGUUGCAUAAAUGCACUUUACUGAUCAGUGGGUCAUAUUGGGUGUGAAAUGAAGUUUCAACAGUUCAUUUCAAAUUUUUUAUUUGCUAUUCUUUGUUGCUCUGAUGUUACUUUUAUUUAUUUAUUCCCUGAUCCUGUUGGGUCUCAUGAAUGAUGGAAAGGGCUGGAGUCUCAGACAAAAUAGAAAAGUAGCACCUCUUUCCUCACUGGAAGGCCUCUCCUUCACAUUCCCUUCAGCAGAGGUUUAUGUCAAUCACUGGACCAGGAGGGAUCUGUACACUUUUGUCCUUUUGCAUCCUCUUUUGCUUUAAAUUACAAUUUAAAAUCGGUUUUCAUUUCUCCAGCAAAUUAGAAUUGAAACACUGGGCUGAAGGUACUGAGGGAUGCAAGCUCAAAGUCUGGCUGAUAUAACAGUCAGAUCUGAGAGACAUAAUCGGCACCAGCAAAAUGAAGAUUGCCUCUGCCACCUCAACAUGAUAAUAAUCACAGAGGAAACCUAUUAGACUUUGAGUAGUAAAGGCCUAGUUAAAAGAGUGAUAUUUCUCUCCUUAUUUUGUCACAGACCCCUGUCGUUGCAUUUACUGCUUCACAUCUGAAUGCCAAACGAAUUAUGGUAUCAUUCCAAAAGUUAUGUUUGUUUUUAAUUUCACUCCAAAUGUGUCCUGGACGUUCAUCCGCCCCCACGGAGCCCUUUCACAAGAAGGCUAGGACUGAUUUUAAACACUACAAACUGGCUAAGACUGCUUGCUCCUCUCUUUAAACCUCUUCUCCCUGAGUGUCACUCUCUCAGCCUACAUGACAUCACGAUUUGUGUUCCAUCACAAUGAGCAUCUGCUACUGUGUCCGCCCUUUAAACGGAUUAAGGUAUUUCUGAGCCCUUUCGUCUGAGAAAAUACAGGAUUCUUGCCAACCUGACAUGAGGCCAUUUUUGUCUUUGACCCUCUGAACCUCCCAUGAACUUAGUUGACCUUCUCCAUCCCCAAGAACUCAUGUAUGUGUUGGAUAUUUUACACCACUUUAUCUGUCAAACUCUGCGAGACUGUUCUUUUGUUUUCUGGUUAUCUGGACUAUUCUGCAGGGUUGAAUGCUUGCUUAGGUGUAAACUGAAGAAAGCAUGCCAGUACCUUGCAAUCAUUUUCAUGUCAUUAUAAACUUUCUUUCUGGGUUUGGUUUGACUUUGUUUAACCUCUGUUCUUUCCAUCUCAGAAAAAAAUGGACUGACAGCAUAAGAUCAAAUAUUCCAACCUAAGAAAGGUGAUGUUUUGUUGAUUGGGUACAUUUCUCUUUGAUAUUAAUGACAAUGGUUCUGUCUUUCGUUCGUGAUAAAGAGAAUCUAUGAAAGUCCACAGUGUUAACUACCUAAAGGGCUUUCUAGGACAGCAUUUAUAUGUCUUGUAAAAUGAAAAAGUCCUCUGAAUAUAUUCAGAAAUGAGAGGAAAAUGUCUUCUUGUGCCAUUUUAGAAAAAGUGUGAAAGCUUUUUAUGGCAAAUAUUUGUCAGCAAGAGUGCCAAAUAAUUCCAUACUGAGCCAAAAGGCAGCCAGCCUACAUAACUUAAUGUUAGAUCACUGGAAUGGUUAUGUCCCAUUUCCACUCCCCUUGAAAAACAUCACCCUAAUUGUACGAUGUUUGAGCUCAUGCACCAUUAUUGUUAUGCUGCCAGUCUGUUUUCUGCUUUUUUCAGAGAAACAUCUCAGAAGCAGUAUAUUUUCUAUAUGAUACACUGUUGAUAAAAAAGACAACAGCUACUAUGGUGAGGAAAUGAGAGGAUUUUAAAAGUGUCAUUGUUUUUAUUAUUAGUUUAUUUGAACAUUAUUCAUUAAUAGAUUUAACGGUAAUGACUAUUUAAUGUAACUGUAGUACUGUGUUUGUAAAAGAAAUUCAGUGAGUUGUGUUUUAUGACUCGUGGACUACCAGUGAAGUCAGCAUUUCAGUGUUAAUAAUUGAAUUGUUUUUUAAAGAUUAUUUUUGCGACGGCAACAAAGAGUCAUUAUAAAUGUUCAUUUUAACAUCA